GCGUCAGUUCGGAGUCGCACAAUUAUGAAAAAGCAACCUUCCGCUGGAGCUGGAGCGGAGGCAGAUUUCUCCAACGUCAACUGGGCUUUCCUUUCAAGGCUAACUGAUAACACCGUCAAUAGAUGGCUAAAAACCACGAAACAGCUCUUCCUGAGUCUGAACGGUGAAGAGAAUGUCCCAGAAAUCCUGGAUAGAAAGAACUUUCACCAAGAGGGAAUGUGUAUAUAUACUACCAGUGUCGAAAGACCCCCACAGAUGUCUUCCAGGAUGUCAGGUCUGCCAGCAGCUAGUGCGGUGCUGCUGUGGGCGGCUGGUCAGGCAGCAUGCGGGCUUCACCGCCAGCCUGGCCAUGAAAUACUCGGAUGUGAAAUUGGGUGAGAAUGAGAUGCCCGAGCUGGAGGAGUGGUCUAUGGAGAAGCACACCGAGGAGAACCCCACCGAUGCCUACGGCACCAUCAACUUCCAGGGAGGAUCCCACUCCUACAGAGCCAAGUACUGUCGACUAUCCUACGAUUCGACGCCAGAGAGUGUCCUUCGCCUAAUGCUAAAAGAAUGGCAGAUGGAGCUUCCCAAAAUCCUCAUAUCUGUCCAUGGAGGCGUCCAGAACUUCGACCUGCAUCCACGCAUCAAGCAGGUGGUGGGGAAGGGCCUGAUCAAAGCUGCUGUCACCACCGGAGCAUGGAUCCUCACUGGUGGAGUCAACACAGGUGUGGCCAAACAUGUUGGGGACGCCCUGAAAGAGCACUCUUCGAGAUCCUCACGGAAAAUUUGCACUAUUGGGAUUGCCCCCUGGGGGGUUAUAGAGAAUAGGAACGACCUCAUUGGAAGAGAUGUGGUCGCCCCAUACCAAACCCUGCUGAACCCCCUGAGCAAGCUGAACGUGCUCAACAACCUCCACUCGCAUUUCAUCCUAGUGGAUGAUGGGACAGUGGGGAAAUACGGGGCGGAGGUCAACCUGCGGCGAGAGCUGGAGAAGCACAUUAACCUGCAGAGGAUCCAUGCCAGGAUCGGUCAGGGUGUCCCAGUGGUGGCUCUGAUCUUUGAGGGGGGCCCCAAUGUGAUCCUGACGGUGCUGGAGUACCUGCAGGAGAGCCCCCCAGUGCCCGUGGUGGUGUGUGAGGGUACCGGCCGGGCCGCUGACAUCCUGGCCUACGUGCACAAACAGACCGAAGAAGGAGGGGGACUCCCAGACGGUGUUGAGGCCGACAUCAUUGCUACAAUCAAGAAGACAUUCAACUUCAGCCACAGUGAUGCCAUCCACCUUUUCCAGACGUUAAUGGAAUGCAUGAAGAACAAAGAAUUGAUAACAGUCUUUCAUGUAGGAGCAGAGGAGCACCAAGAUAUAGAUGUUGCCAUACUCAAAGCCUUCUUAAAAGGCACAAGUGCUUCUGCCUUUGACCAACUCGUCCUAACCCUGGCCUGGGACCGAGUGGACAUAGCUAAGGAUCAUGUGUUGCUGUAUGGACAGCAGUUACUGGUUGGGUCUUUGGAACAAGCCAUGUUAGAUGCCCUUGUAAUGGAUCGUGUGGACUUUGUCAAGCUGCUUAUUGAGAAUGGGGUCAGCAUGCAUCGAUUCCUAACUAUCAAUCGUCUGGAGGAACUUUACAACACGAAACAAUCACCAACAAAUCCAACUCUCUUUCAUCUUGUCAGAGAUGUCAAACAGGGUAACUUGCCACCAAACUACAAAAUAACACUAAUUGAUGUGGGCCUCGUCAUUGAGUACCUCAUGGGUGGAACUUACAGAUGCAACUAUACAAGAAAACGCUUUAGAAUAAUCUACAACAACCUUCAUGGAAAUAAUCGGCGGUCUGGUCGCCAUGCACCCAGUGGCUCCAACCUCCGCAAGAGCCACGAGUCCUUCAGCAUUCAGGCAGACAAGAAAGAGAAGACCAGGCACAAUCACUUCAUCAAGACUGCUCAGCCUUACAAGCCCAAGCUGGAAUCCACGACUGAGCAGGCCAAGAAGAAGAGCAAAGAGGACAUCGUGGACAUUGACGAUCCCGAGACUCGGCGUUUCCCCUACCCCUUCAACGAGCUGCUAGUGUGGGCCGUGCUGAUGAAGCGGCAGAAGAUGGCCCUCUUCUUCUGGCAGCAUGGCGAGGAGUCCAUGGCCAAGGCCCUGGUGGCCUGCAAGCUGUGCCGCUCCAUGGGCUACGAAGCCAAGCGCAGUGAUGUGGUGGACGACACUUCAGACGAACUGAAGGAUUACUCCAAUGAAUUUGGCCAACUGGCUGUGGACCUGCUGGAGGAGUCCUUCCGUCAGGAUGAGACCAUGGCCAUGAAGCUGCUGACCUACGAGCUGAAGAACUGGAGCAACUCCACCUGUCUGAAGCUGGCCGUGUCCUCGCACCUGCGGCCCUUUGUUGCCCACACCUGCACCCAGAUGCUGCUAUCCGACAUGUGGAUGGGUCGUCUCAACAUGCGCAAAAACUCCUGGUAUAAGGUCAUUUUGAGCAUUUUAGUCCCCCCUGCCAUCCUUCUGUUGGAGUACAAGACAAAAGCAGAGAUGUCGCACAUCCCACAGUCUCAGGAUGCCCAUCAGAUGGAGGACAGUGACCACAACCUACAGAAUCCAGUGGAAGACAUCCAAAUGGAUGUUUUCAAAGAAGUUCGAAUGAACGACAAUGUUGAGGUCAAGAAUGAGCCCGAGGUCCAUGUGCGUUCCAGGAGGUUACCCAUCACCAGGAAAUUCUAUGCAUUCUACCACGCUCCCAUUGUGAAAUUCUGGUUCAACACGUUAGCUUACUUGGGCUUUCUGAUGCUCUACUCGUACGUUGUACUGGUCAGAAUGCCAGCGUUCCCUUCACCACAGGAGUGGGUGGUCAUCCUCUACAUAUUCACGUCUGCCAUUGAGAAACUACGUGAGAUGUUUAUGUCUGAGGCUGGGAAGAUAGGUCAAAAGAUCAAAGUCUGGUUCAGUGACUAUUUUAACAUAUCAGACUUUGCUGCAAUCGUGUCUUUUUUUGUGGGAUUCGGUUUGAGAUUUGGAGAAGAUGAUGUCUUUAUUGCUGGAAGAACUAUGUAUUGCUUGAAUAUUAUAUUUUGGUACGUGCGUCUCCUUGAUAUCCUGGCCGUGAACCAGCAAGCUGGACCAUAUGUUAUGAUGAUCGGCAAAAUGGUGGCCAACAUGUUUUACAUUGUGGUGAUCAUGGCGAUAGUGCUUUUGAGCUUCGGCGUCCCCAGAAAAGCCAUCCUGUACCCGAACGAGACUGCCUCAUGGACACUGGCCAAAGAUGUGGUCUUUCAGCCAUACUGGAUGAUGUACGGUGAAGUGUAUGCAUAUGAAAUCGACGUGUGUGCGGAGAAUGCGGAUUCCUAUUAUGCCAGUCUCUGUAGAAGUGGAGUCUGGCUGACACCACUCCUGCAAGCGGUCUACCUCUUUGUUCAGUACAUUCUCAUGGUCAAUCUCCUCAUAGCCUUCUUCAACAAUGUGUACAUGCAAGUCAAAUCCAUGUCCAACCUGGUGUGGAAGUAUCAGCGGUAUCACUUCAUCAUGGUGUACCACGAGAGGCCGGUCCUGCCCCCUCCCCUCAUCUCCCUCAGUCACCUGGUCUCUCUCUUCGCCUACAUCUGCAGGAAGAGGAAGAAGGACAGUUCCUCAUACGGCCCGAAGCUGUUUCUCACCGAGGAAGACCAAAAGAAACUGCACGACUUUGAGGAGCAGUGUGUUGAAACAUACUUCCAUGAGAAGGAUGACCAGUUUCACACGGGCAGUGAUGAGAGGAUCAGAGUGACCUCAGACAGGGUUGAAAGCAUGUUUAUUCAGAUGAAGGAAGUUGGCAACAAGGUGAACUUCAUCAAGCGCUCACUGCACACACUGGAUUCCCAGAUUGGGCACCUGCAGGAUCUCUCGGCCCUGACAGUGGACACGCUGAAGGCUCUGACUGCACAGCACGCCUCUGAGGCCAGCAAGGUGCACAACCAGAUCACGCGUGAGCUGAGCCUCACCAAGAACCUGGCGUCCAGUGUGGCCGAUGGCGGGACUGGACUGCCGCACAAGUCGUCGGCACUGGCCCGCCGGAGCGCCGCCUACUUCCCGCCUGCCUCGGCGUGUGGCAACAUUGCGGAGUCGCUGUUCGGCAGCAGCACUUACGAGGUGGGCCCCCGGCGGCCGGGGCCAGAGUUGGCUCAGGCCCUCAACCCGGAGCGGCGGCCGGGCACAGCACUCAUCCUCCCGGAGGCUGGACCCUCGGGCAGUGCCUUAUCCCACAGUGCUGCCGCCACCGCCAUGACCCCGCCGGAACUGCGUCUGCGGGGUCACCCUUUCCUGGAGCGGAGGCCUGGCCGCCCUCCGCCGGACGACACCCCGAGCAGCCUUCCGGGGGCCCCGCCUCCGGCCGCCCAGUUCUUCGUGAGCACCCCCUCCCAGCCCACGGCCACCUCCACAUUCCGCAGGCUCUCCCAGGUCACCCCGUCAGAGCAGGAUCCCCUGCCCGAGAGCUCCACUGUGGAGUUUGGGGCCUUCGUUGGUAAGUCUGAUCCUCAUAGUAGUAGUGAUGAGGAGCUGGAGGAGGAGGAAGACGCCCGCUCUGUUUAUCCCACUGUUCUCAUAGUCUCAAAGACGUCUGACAUCGCUCGCCCCGUUUCCAUGCCCGCAUGCGCUAAGAGGGACCGCCCCGUUUCCAUGCCCGCAUGCGCUAAGAGUGAUGGCUAUGUCAAUCAGGCCUUCAGUGAUGAUGAGGAUGCCAUAGAGGUUUGUAUUGACCCAGGUAGUCAGGGUAGCGCCAGUGAAGCGGCCCAAUCACAAUCGCCCUCGGACCCCCCAAGCCCGGCAAACGACUCAUCCCAGGGAGAGAGCAGCCAUGCUGAUUGUGAGCCGGCCCCUGCUGCUGGGAGGUCCCCCGAGGAGAAGGCCCCUGCCAAGCCCCCAAAGCAUAGGCACAAUGGUAAAGGAGUGCUGCACAGACUGAGACUCGCAGCCAGAGGCCGAGGCCAUAAGGACGACGUGGAUCUGCAGCACUCUUUCCCCAGAGACGACGCUGCUGGCAGCCGACAGCCCAGUCCAUCCAAGAAGUCCAAGGGAAUGGGUCAUGCUGAAGGUCAGAUGAGGACCGUGAACUCGUACGCUGGCUUCACAGAGUUUGACAGGAACCCUUCAUUUCUGCAUCCGGAGUCAACUCUCAGCAAACGGGAACACAGUCGAGUGUCUGCAGAGGACAUCCUUGUUCAUAAGGACCCACGCGCUGCUCUGCUGCUGGAGCGCGUACAAGGCAAAUCGGCCCAGGCCAGCAGUCUAAGCCCACAAGAUGAAGCCCUCAAUGCUGCAGCAUGCUUGUACACAACCAGACACACACACCUGGGACCCAGGAAAGACUCUAUCGGGUCUCCGUUCAAGCCAAUGGAAAGUUACCAGUACUCAGCUGUGGAGCGUAAUAACCUGAUGCGGUUGUCCCAGAGCAUCCCGUUCACCCCUGUGCCCCCUAGAGGGGAGCCAGUGACUGUGUACCGGCUGGAAGAGAGCUCCCCCCACACAAUCAACAACAGCAUGUCCUCCUGGGCCCAGCGCGGCCUCUGUGCCAAAAUUGAGUUCCUCAGCAAGGAGGAGAUGGGUGGCGGCCUGCGCCGUGCCCUCAAGGUCCUCUGCACCUGGUCCGAGUACGACAUCCUCAAGCCGGGCCACCUCUACAUCGUCAAGUCCUUCCUGCCCGAAGUGGUCAACACCUGGCAGAGCAUCUACAAGGAGGAGACCGUGCUUCACCUUUGUCUCAGGGAAAUUCAGCAGCAGAGGGCUGCACAGAAACUAACCUUUGCCUUUAACCAGUUGAGGCCGAAGUCGAUCCCUUACUCUCCCAGAUUUCUAGAGGUGUUCCUGCUCUACUGUCACUCUGCUGGUCAGUGGUUUGCCAUUGAGGAGUGCAUCACCGGAGAGUUCCGCAAGUUCAACAACAACAAUGGCGACGAGAUCGUCCCCACCAACCUGCUGGAGGAGACCAUGCUGGCCUUCAGCCACUGGUCGUACGAGUACACCAGAGGAGAGCUCUUAGUACUUGACCUGCAAGGGGUUGGGGAGAUUCUGACGGAUCCCUCUGUGAUCAAGAGUGGUGAAAAGGGAUCGCAUAACAUGAUCUUUGGACCCGCAAACCUGGGGGAUGACGCAAUAAGGAACUUCCGUGCUAAACAUCACUGUAACUCCUGCUGUCGCAAACUCAAGCUUCCUGACCUGAAGCGAAAUGAGUAUACACCAGACAAGGUGACUCUGUCCCAAGACCCCCCGCCCGAUGACUCCUCCCUACCCGGAAGCAGCACCAAAGAGCAGCGACAUUCCAUGCGCCUCAUGCUUUGAGAAGGGAGCAAGAAGGAGGAAUAUUUGCCUUUGGCUCACGUCAGCCUGGUUAACUGGAAGCUUGUCUCUGUCCCUGCCAAGGUAGACGCAUGCAGGCGCGGCGUGUCCUCCCUCACCUCACUUCACCUCACCUCCUCAUUUGCUUUUGUUAUUGAUUAUUGUGGUCAAUUAUCAUGCUCGAGAAGAAAGGCCAGAAGAACUAUGGUGUAGAGGAAGUUACAGUGGCCCUCUUCUCUGGUGAAAUGUCCCUCUAUGAUCAAAUGAAAUAUUCCACCAGAUUUUAAUAUGUUGGGGCAUGGGAAGAUGAUUUUUAUGAAUUUAUUUUUAAAAGGAUAUAUGUUAAAUAUGAGUAUGCAGAAGUGACAAUUAAACUGGUACAAUCGUAUUGUUUUGAGGGGAAUAGUAUUUAUUAUGAAUAAUGCAAAGUUGCCUUGUACAAAUUGAAAGCGAUUUUAAGUGCAUUGUAUUUUUUGGGCUGUGUUUCAAGUAGGUUUUGAAGGGAAACCUGCUCUAAUUUAAACUGCAAGAUCUUUUGAGCAGAAUGUCAAAAACUCGUUUUUAUAAAUGUAAGAUAUGUGUAGAAAUAUGUAUUAUGGCAUUUGUGGUUCACACUUACUGAAAAUAUAUACAGAUUUGAAAAAUCUUGUAAAAUAUGGGCAGAUUGCAAUGCAACUUUUACAGUUCAAUAUAUGUCAUUUUAAUGUGUCAAAUGCUGAUACUGUGUCAACAAAAAUGAUUAUAGAGGAAUUUUUAAUGUUAUGGUUAUGGUUAUGGAUUUAGCAGACGCCUUUGUCCAAAGCGAAAUAUAAUUAUAAAGGUACUAUUGUCAUCUUUUGUCAUUCAAGUAAUGUAUGAUCAUUUUGACCUAGUGUAUCUUAUAGAUACAGAUAUUUGGCACGAACUUCACAGAAUAAAAUGGGGAAUAUUUUAUGCAGGGGUAUUGUGAAAAGCAAGAGUAUAUUGCCGUAAAACAUUUUGUACUGUAUAUCAUUUCAACUAAUAAAAAAGAAAACAAAACGGCA